AUGUUCACUAUCUCAGAUCUACCAUUGCCAAGGACUCAACAGCUUCAACUGAAACUACACAUACAUUUGGUGGAGCUUCCUUUUAACAGCACUAAUCAUGGCCUAACACCCAAUACUAAGAUCAAAGAGGCCCUGCCUUUACCUCAAGUUGUGAACCUUUUUCAUUCCUCAAUUGCCCUCGAAGCUCCAUUUCGCAGCCUCGUAAAUGAAAUCACUAUCAAAGAUGGACAGCCUCCACUAUGCAUAAUUUUUGAUGUUUUCAUAGGAUGGGCUACUAACGUGGCCAAGUCUUGUGGAACUGUGAGUGUCUUUGUGGCAACAUCUCCCACACCGUUCAACUGGGGAAGACAAGUUUUGCCUACCAGGAGCAUCUCCCACGCCAUUCCACUGGGGAAGAAUUCGUCACAAAAUUGA